AUGGCGCGCGGAUCUACAUUUUCUUUGGCGGUGCCCGUUCUGGCGAGCAUAUACCAUGGCUUGAGGCAAAUUUCAUCAUCUCCUACUCCAACCGGAGAGAAGAAUGCAAAACAUUUCACAGCAAUUGGGGCCCGAAAACUCCUCAGAAGCGUUGAUCCUUUGCAAUUAUCGUCCUUGGCCAUGUCUGACAAAGAAGAGCGGUUAAUGAUCGUUGAGUCUUACAGCCCUCAUCGAUUCUCACAACAAUUCAACUUUUACCAAGACAUACCCGGAAAAUUGGUGGAAGAAGCAUGUCCCCUCAAUCUACCCGAUGUCGUAGGACUUUGGCAAUCUUGCACGAAGCUUGGCACCAAGGCAAAACUGAGAAUUCCUGGCAAGGGAGAAGUUACACCUAUCGUCAAUGCCCAUGAAGUUGAAGGCACUAACGCAACAGCAAGCAAAGCUAAACCAAGCAGGGCCAAACCAGCAGUUCUACCCACUGUUAGUAACGAGGAAGUUGACGGCACUAAUGCAACAUUAGGCAAAGCCAAAGCAGGCAAAGCUAGACCAAGCAGGGCCAAAUCGAAAGUUCCACUUGUUGUUAGCACCCAUGAAGUUGAUGGCGCCAAUGCAACAUCAAGAAAAGCUAAAGCAAGCAAGGAUAGACCAAGUAAGGCCAAACCAAACCAAGGAAAGGAUCUACCCAAAGAUGCAUCCAAAGAAAUGAAGAGAUCAACUUUCAAGCCUAAACCUCUCUUGAAGAUUUCUGCUCCAAAAAUUCCAUCCGUGAUUGUCAAAAAUCCAACCACCGAAAAUAGAGACAAGAAAAGAAGCCUUGUGAUUUGUGAUGGGGACAGUAACUCUAGCCAAGGUGAUCGUCACUGGAAUCGCCCCAAGAAGCAGAAAAACAUAGCCCAAGUCACACCCUUGGAGGAUAUCCACAUUGACACGGACGGUUUUUUCCAAGAUGUGCCUAAUAGUAGCACACCUUUGGAGGAUUUAGAAGCACACUUGGGAGUCAACAACUUGAAUCUUGGUGAUGAACUAUACUUUCAAAGCAGUGGAGGUUCUAUAGAUGGUCCAGAUUCCUUUGGAUUACUUUCUCGUAAGUGAAGAUCUGUCGAAGAAGCAUCACGUCAAAUUUCUCAUGAGAAGGCUCCUAUUGACAUGCCCAAAGUGCCAAUAACAAAACCAAGACAAUUUCGAGUGAGACCUUCUGAUCCCACGUUAUCCGAUGUUAGUGUCUUUCAAGGGAUAGAUGUGAUUGCUAAAAGUUGGCGCAAGUAUGUCUCAGGGUUGUGGUCCCAACUUUCACAUAAGAUCGAGAAAACCAGCUUGGAUCAUGUCGACGAUAUUGAAGAUGAGGCUGAGAAAGUCCUCGAAGAGAUGAGAAACAUGAAAGUAAUGGACAUUUCUCCAUUACAGCGCAACCUUAAAAGCUUCUUUGAUAAU